UUUGUGCUGCUAGCUUAGCUUAGCUGUAGCUAAAAUGUUACUUGAGAGGCGUUAACUCGGCUAGCUAUUCGUAGUUUGGACUUUCAUGUUCCGCACAUCGUUGUAUCCUGUAAAUUUGUUGUCAUUGCCCAUCAUUAUCAGAAUUCUCGGGGCAGUUUUACUCUUGCAAUGUAGACUAGCAUCUACUGUUCUUUGUGAGUGUCGACAGCUUCUUUAUGCUAACGUUGUUGACAUGGCAUCAUUUUAAAGCUGGCCAUUAACAGCAAACAAGACAAUCUAGCUAGUUGACAGUAACAUCGUUUAUCAGCAGAGAUUCAGCUGAGUAACUAAUGAGCGGAGUCCCUAUGAUGUUAUACAGCAGAAGUGACUAAUUGGCUUGCUUCUCAUCUGUAAUAACUUUGCAAAGAGCUCAGAAUUGUUAGCUAACGUUAGCAAGCAAGCUAAUGUCAUUACAGUGGCUUGUUUCACGCUAAGCAAAGGUGGCUGGCUAAUGUUAGCUUGACAGCAAAAGCCUCCCACAGGAUUGUGUGGAAAGGUUUUCUACUUGUGGAGACAAAUUGGAGGAUUUCAUUUUCCUGGGCCUCUCACUGUGAGACUGCCUGACCUGCAGUUGGACACCCACUGACUGCAUCUGACAGCCAAAGCAGCGUGUGUUUUCCUGAGAGCCGAGGGCAAGAUGGCCUACCAAUAACAAGACAUUACUUCAGGGGCGUGGAGUCUUCGUUAUGACAAGCUGUUGUGCAGAAGAUGUCCUCCCUUACUACGGCUGAUAUCACAGAUGUUGGUCAUGGGGACGGUAAGGUGUUUGAUGGAGAUGACAAACUGCAGCUUGACUGCCUGGGCGAGGAGAGCCUGUCCUCAGAAAUAAAGCACGAGGUCCAGCUCGUAUCCCUCGGCACCCAGGCUCCCUUCUCCGAUGCUGCAGGGGAGCUGCCCGGCUCACUGGUCAUGGAACCCGGUGACAUCAAAGGCGACCCUGCAGCGGACCCGCCACCAGCUCAAACAGAGGGUCAGCCGCUGAAGAGGAAGAAGGGCCCGGCGCCAAAGAUGCUGGGCAACGAGGUGUGCAGCGUGUGCGGCGACAAGGCCUCGGGCUUCCACUACAACGUGCUGAGCUGCGAGGGCUGCAAGGGCUUUUUCCGCCGCAGUGUCAUCAAGGGCGCGCAGUACGCCUGCAAGAACAGCGGCCGCUGUGAGAUGGACAUGUACAUGCGCCGCAAGUGCCAACAGUGCCGCCUGCGCAAGUGCCGCGAGGCGGGCAUGCUCGAGCAGUGUGUUCUGUCUGAGGAGCAGAUCCGUGUGAAGAAGAUGAAGAAGCAGCAGGAGGAGGAGACGGCGCGCACCUCCACGGUGGUCACGCCCAACCCCAUCCCCGAUGUGCCCCCGCUGGCGCCCGAACAGCAGGAGAUGAUCGAGAAGCUGGUGGCCAUGCAGAAGCAGUGCAACAAGCGCUCCUUCCUGGAGCGGCCCAAAGUCACUCCGUGGCCUCAGAGUCAGGACCCUCUGAACCGAGAGGUCCGGCAGCAGCGCUUUGCUCACUUCACCGAGCUGGCCAUCAUGUCCGUGCAGGAGAUAGUGGACUUUGCUAAGCAGCUGCCAGGCUUCCUGGAGCUGACCCGGGAGGACCAAAUCGCCUUGCUGAAGACUUCCACCAUUGAGAUCAUGCUGCUAGAAACGUCACGGCGAUACGACCCCGCCCUGGAGAGCAUCACCUUCCUAAAGGAUUUCAGCUACAACAAGGACGACUUUGCCAAAGCAGGUCUACAGUUUGAGUUCAUCAACCCCAUUUUUGAGUUUUCAAAGGGGAUGAAUGAUCUCCAUCUGGAUGAAGCUGAAUAUGCCCUACUCAUUGCUAUCAACAUCUUCUCUGCAGACCGGCCCAAUGUGCAGGACCACGAUUUAGUGGAGAGGCUCCAACAGCCGUAUGUAGACUUGCUGCAUUCAUACAUCAGGAUUAAGAGACCAGCGGACCACCUGAUGUUUCCGCGCAUGCUGAUGAAGCUGGUCAGUCUGCGGACUCUCAGCAGCGUCCACUCAGAGCAAGUGUUUGCCCUGCGCCUCCAGGAUAAGAAACUGCCGCCACUGCUCUCCGAGAUCUGGGACGUUCACGAAUGACCGGUGGUGGUCACUAACACUUGGUCUAAGAGUGGGGCUCCCGUAAGACUGAACUCUGGGUGUGGAGAGUGGGCACCCAUGCUAAAGGUGUCUCCUGGGCCACUGCUGACUACUCGAUUAUCAAUAUAGGUUGAAGGAGCUGGUUUUGUACCAUCUUUCUUUUUUCCUUCUUCUUCUUCUUCUUCUUCUUCUUCUGCUUCUUCUUCUGCUUCUUCUUCUGCUUCUUCUUCUUCUUCUUCUUCUUUUUCUUCUUCUUCUUCUGCUUCUUCUUCUUCUUCUUCUUCUUCUUCUUCUUCUUCUUCUUCUUCUUCUUCUUCUUCAUUGCCCCUUUGUGUUCAGGACGGAGACAUAUCCCACAGAUGGAUCUUUCCUUUGUGUGGUUGAAAUAUGGGAUCGCAAGUGUCACAGGGAGACCCUGACCUGUUUUGAAACUCGUCUCCGGAAUGUGAAUGGCCCAGUCCACUGAGGGAAACCUGGGAUUGUGGUGGUGCCAGAUGUUUUUUGCGCUUGACUUGACUCCCCAAGGUUAGCGACUGUUAAUGAUAUGUACACAGUUGUUUUUGUGUGCUUUUUAUUCCCCAUUUUAAUUGUCAAAAGAAGCUUCAAGCAGGUCUUGUCAGUGGUUUCCCUGUUCCAAACCACAGCAUGGGUAUGAUGUCUCUACGUGAAUUCUAGUGGUUCUGGCUCCAUGUUCUAAUGGGGUUCUAAACUGGCCAGCUGUCGGGUUCCCUACACGUUAGAUUGUAGGUGAGACUUCCAACAGUGUCAGUCAUGGCCCUGUUUUUACUACUUACAAAAGGAACUCCCGGUGCUAUGCCACUGUUGAGAGAAAAAGAAGAAAAAAAAGAACCAUAUAUGGAUUUGAGGAGUAGGGCGAUUUAGAUGUUUAUUUCAACUUGUUUCCUGCAUGGUUCUUCAUGCAUAUACAAUACAAUCCAUUAGUCUUCGUUUGUGAAAAACACAAUACAAUCAAUAUUGCACAACUACUUAUGCAUUGGUCUGGGUUACUGAAUGAUUAUACACACACAAGCUUCUCAAAGCCCAGGAGCUACUGUAAGCCUUGAAGUGGUGAUCCCAUCAUCAGACUGACUCGCAACAGCUCACUGGAGCAUAGACAGCAGGAGAGAAUAUUUGGCAGAGACGUAUUUUAAUCAAUGUUUACAUAACCAACCACCUCUUUGUCUCCAUCCAGUGUAAGCGUUCAUUUGAUCAGGAGUGUCCUAAGUUAGGUACUUCUCUAGCGUGGCAAUUAUUUUGCAAAUUGAUUUGCUUGAGAAUCAGUGAUUAACCAUCAUGUCUACACAGUCUACUCUACACAGUCAGUACAGUAGGUUCGGGUAUGUGUGUGUGUCUCUGGUGUCCGGCGUCAUCCAUCAUUUGACUUAUUAAUAUCCUGAUAUUAACAACAUAGCACAACAACUAAUCAACGAUUCUGGUGAAUUAUGAUGGCUAUAAAUUGCUUUGCUAACUGCAAAAAAUAGCAGAACAUUUUCUUAAAGAAAUGCUAUUGUUCCGGAUUACGUCUUGCCAUAGUUGGUGGUAAUAAACAUCGAGUCAAAUAAUAAGUAUAUUUAUUACUGUAUAAAGGAGCAAAGUGUUGUGGGGUCACACUGGUGAGCCAUAGUAAAUGUGAGUUUGUACAUAGCCUUAGUUCUCAAAGAAUGAGAAUAAUGUACUAAUCGCAGCCGGAGUAUAAUUCAGAUCUCCGCUAAACUGGGAAUCAGCUGACUUUACAUCCCAGCGUCAUCAUCUUAGCUCUCCUAGUCAUCAGAGUAAUCGAAUCUUGGGCAUUUUUACAGUACAGUGUGUGGGAACGAGAGGCAUUUAUUCACAAAUUUCUCUGUGUCAAUUUUUGUUUUUGUUUUCUUGUGUUUGCAACAUGCUUCUGCUUCUUGCAUCUUCUCUUAUCCCUGAUUAAAAGCUGUUGUGAUCUAGAAAGUAGUAAUUACAGAUACUUGUCUUCUGGUGUUGCCUGUCCCUCGCUCUAAACAACUGGAAGAGAAGAUCUGUAUCGGUUGUUAACAUCUCUGAACAGUGUUUCAGGUGACUGAAGAGCUCAUUGGUCAGAUUGAUCAUUUAAAAAUAACAGUGAAUGCUACUCUUCUUGAACUACAUUUGCCUUUGGCUUGGUUGGUUGAACAGAUGCUCUUAUUUGGUGUGACGCAGUGGGUGGUGUUGGUUGAAGAACCAAUAAAUUCAAAAUUCUGAAUGCUGACAAACAGAUUUUUACCUCUAUACUCAGUCGCUACAUGGACAUUUCAGAACAGACUGACUCACCUACAGCACACUCAGACAGAUUGGCACAGAUGUCAAUGGUAACAUAGUGAUGAGGGAUUGAGCAAUCAGUGGGAGGUUAUCCUGUCCUCAUGUCAGGAACACAACAGUUCAAAACUCUGAUCUGACCUCACAUAACCUCCACAGCAAGGGACUUUGAGGUCAUUCCUAUCAUAAACUUUCCUUAUAGGUAGACUGACUGCAGUGACUUUCUUAUGGACAGUAAGGUUGCCCUUAAGGUCGUCAGGAGUGUUUUGCUGUUGUACAUGGUUAUCAAAUCAGAUUCUAAGAGGCUCUAUUAUGAUUUAGUUUCUGUUCAUUUACCCACAGUCAUUCACUGCACACUUAACCAAAGGUGCAGACCGUACAGGACAGUCCUAUCAUGUCAGUAGUUGCAAGCAUCAACCCGUGUCCUUAUUAUAGGAGUUUCUGCAGGUACAGAUCUCUCUUUCCUUAAAACCUCACUAAUUAAACAUUUUUAUUUUCAAGGAUCUCUAAUCAUUUUAGCCAUGGGUUAAUUGUGUGGCAAUCUACACCAUUUUUGUGCUUCAAUAUCAGGUCACAGGAGACCUAAGAUCUGCAGUGCAAAACCCAGUAACCCCAAUGUCACAUUCAACAUUGUUUGGUCUAAAUGUAACUUUUUUUUUUAUUGAAAUGUUAUUUUUAUCUCAAGUUCUGUACUGUACUAAUCCACUUAUACCGCAGUCAUUUUGUCAUAUUUGACUAAUGAUUCAAAUCCAGGUUAAUGGCGGUCCUUUUUUGCACAGCCAAAAGAAAAGAAAAAAAAUCCUAGAAUUGUGAUCAAAAUAAUGUUUCCAGUAUCCAAUUGUGAUCCUCCUCAUUCUGAAUUGAUAUGUUGUUGCUUAACAUGGAAAUUUAAUUUUCAUUUGCUAAUAGUUAAUAAAAUGUUGAUUGUAAUGAUUUAUCAUCUAUUUAUACACCCUGCUGUGUAGAGCCUCUAUUCUAAUGCAUUUAACUCUCAUGGUCUGGCAUCAAACGAUGUGGGCAUAGAGAUGCAAAUUUGUGUUAACGCCUUAAGUCCUUGGAUACACUGCUUUAUAUGUAUAAAUUAAAAGGCGAAAAAAUAUAUAUUGUUCUGCCAGAGUAUAUAUUUGUUUGUUUAAACGCUGAAAGACGUAGGAGACUAAGUACAUCUAUUAUUCUUUUUACAGAAAUAUACUGGAUUGAAAUGUGAAACUAA